CGGAGAUGCUCCUGAAGAUGUACAGUCUGGGCCUGCAGGCCUAUUUUGUGUCCCUCUUCAAUCGCUUCGAUUGCUUCAUUGUGUGCGGGGGCAUCCUGGAGACCAUCCUGGUGGAGACCAAGAUCAUGUCCCCCUUGGGCAUCUCUGUGCUGAGAUGUGUCCGGCUGCUGAGGAUAUUUAAAAUCACAAGGUACUGGAAUUCCUUAAGCAACCUGGUGGCAUCCCUACUGAACUCCGUGCGCUCCAUUGCCUCCCUGCUGCUGCUCCUGUUCCUCUUUAUCAUCAUCUUCUCCCUCCUGGGAAUGCAGCUCUUUGGAGGAAAGUUCAACUUUGAUGAGAUGCAGACCAGGAGGAGCACAUUCGAUAACUUUCCCCAGUCUCUCCUCACUGUGUUUCAGAUCCUGACCGGGGAGGACUGGAAUUCGGUGAUGUAUGAUGGGAUCAUGGCUUAUGGCGGCCCCUCUUUUCCAGGGAUGUUAGUCUGUAUUUACUUCAUCAUCCUCUUCAUCUGUGGAAAUUAUAUCCUACUGAACGUGUUCUUGGCCAUUGCUGUGGACAACCUGGCUGAUGCUGAGAGCCUCACGUCUGCCCAAAAAGAGGAAGAAGAAGAGAAGGAGAGAAAGAAACUGGCCAGGACUGCCAGCCCAGAGAAGAAACAAGAGCUGGUGGAAAAGCCGGCAGUGGAGGAGACCAAGGAGGAAAAAAUUGAGCUGAAAUCCAUUACGGCUGAUGGAGAGUCCCCGCCCACCACCAAGAUCAACAUGGAUGACCUCCAGCCCAAUGAAAAUGAGGACAAGAGUCCCUACCCCAACCCAGAAACUACAGGAGAAGAGGAGGAGGAGGAGCCUGAGAUGCCCGUGGGCCCUCGUCCCCGCCCACUGUCUGAGCUGCACCUUAAGGAAAAAGCAGUGCCCAUGCCAGAAGCCAGUGCGUUUUUCAUCUUCAGCGCCAACAACAGGUUCCGCCUCCAGUGCCACCGCAUUGUCAAUGACACAAUCUUCACCAACCUGAUCCUCUUCUUUAUUCUGCUCAGCAGUAUUUCCCUGGCUGCCGAGGACCCCGUCCAGCACACCUCCUUCAGGAACCAUAUUCUGUAUUAUUUUGAUAUUGUUUUUACUACCAUUUUCACCAUUGAAAUUGCUCUGAAGAUGACAGCCUAUGGGGCUUUCCUCCACAAGGGCUCUUUCUGCCGGAACUACUUCAACAUCUUAGACCUGCUGGUGGUCAGCGUAUCCCUCAUCUCCUUUGGCAUCCAGUCCAGUGCAAUCAACGUUGUGAAGAUCCUGAGAGUUCUGCGGGUACUCAGGCCCCUGAGGGCCAUCAACAGGGCCAAGGGGCUAAAGCACGUGGUUCAGUGUGUGUUUGUUGCCAUCCGGACCAUCGGGAACAUUGUGAUUGUCACCACGCUCCUGCAGUUCAUGUUCGCCUGCAUCGGGGUCCAGCUCUUCAAGGGAAAGCUCUACACCUGUUCAGAUAGUUCCAAGCAGACCGAGGCAGAAUGCAAGGGUAACUACAUCACGUACAAGGAUGGGGAGGUUGACCACCCUAUCAUCCAGCCCCGCAGCUGGGAGAACAGCAAGUUUGACUUUGACAAUGUUCUGGCGGCUAUGAUGGCCCUCUUCACAGUUUCCACUUUUGAAGGGUGGCCAGAGCUGCUGUACCGCUCCAUCGACUCCCACACGGAAGACAAGGGCCCCAUCUACAACUACCGCGUGGAGAUCUCUAUCUUUUUCAUCAUCUACAUCAUCAUCAUUGCCUUCUUCAUGAUGAACAUCUUCGUGGGUUUCGUCAUCGUCACCUUCCAGGAGCAGGGGGAGCAGGAGUACAAGAACUGUGAGCUGGACAAGAACCAGCGACAGUGCGUAGAGUACGCCCUCAAGGCCCGGCCCCUGCGGAGAUACAUCCCCAAGAACCAGCACCAGUACAAAGUGUGGUACGUGGUGAACUCCACCUACUUUGAGUACCUGAUGUUCGUCCUCAUCCUGCUCAACACCAUCUGCUUGGCCAUGCAGCACUACGGUCAGAGCUGCCUGUUCAAAAUCGCCAUGAACAUCCUCAACAUGCUCUUCACUGGCCUCUUCACCGUGGAGAUGAUCCUGAAGCUCAUUGCCUUCAAACCCAAGGGUUACUUUAGUGAUCCCUGGAAUGUUUUUGACUUCCUCAUCGUAAUUGGCAGCAUAAUUGACGUCAUUCUCAGUGAGACUAAUAACGCAGAAGAGAACUCCCGCAUCUCCAUCACCUUCUUCCGCCUCUUCCGGGUCAUGCGCCUGGUUAAGCUGUUGAGCCGUGGCGAGGGUAUCCGGACCCUGCUGUGGACCUUCAUCAAGUCCUUCCAGGCUUUGCCCUACGUGGCUCUCUUGAUCGUGAUGCUGUUCUUCAUCUACGCUGUGAUUGGAAUGCAGGUAUUUGGAAAAAUUGCCCUGAAUGAUACCACAGAGAUCAACCGGAACAACAACUUUCAGACCUUCCCUCAAGCUGUGCUGCUCCUCUUCAGGUGUGCCACAGGGGAGGCUUGGCAGGACAUCAUGCUGGCCUGCAUGCCAGGCAAGAAGUGUGCCCCAGAGUCUGAGCCCAGCAACAGCACGGAAGGGGAAACGCCUUGUGGCAGCAGCUUCGCUGUUUUCUACUUCAUCAGCUUUUACAUGCUCUGUGCCUUCCUGAUCAUCAACCUCUUUGUAGCUGUCAUCAUGGACAACUUUGACUACCUGACAAGGGACUGGUCCAUCCUUGGUCCCCACCAUCUGGAUGAAUUUAAAAGAAUCUGGGCAGAGUAUGACCCUGAAGCCAAGGGUCGGAUCAAACACCUAGAUGUGGUGACCCUACUCCGGCGGAUUCAACCCCCACUGGGUUUUGGGAAGCUCUGUCCUCACCGCGUGGCUUGCAAACGCCUGGUCUCCAUGAACAUGCCUCUAAACAGCGAUGGGACGGUCAUGUUCAAUGCCACCCUAUUUGCCCUGGUGAGGACAGCUCUAAGGAUCAAAACAGAAGGGAACCUAGAACAAGCCAAUGAGGAGCUGCGGGCAAUAAUCAAGAAGAUCUGGAAGCGGACCAGCAUGAAGCUACUGGACCAGGUGGUGCCCCCUGCAGGUGAUGAUGAGGUUACAGUUGGCAAGUUUUAUGCCACUUUCUUGAUCCAAGAGUACUUCCGGAAGUUCAAGAAGCGCAAAGAGCAGGGGCUUGUGGGCAAGCCCUCUCAGAGGAACACUCUGUCCCUUCAGGCUGGCCUGCGCACGCUGCAUGACCUCGGGCCCGAGAUCCGACGGGCCAUCUCUGGAGACCUGACGGCUGAGGAGGAGUUGGACAAGGCAAUGAAGGAGGCCGUGUCUGCUGCCUCCGAAGACGACAUCUUCAGGAGGGCCGGUGGCCUGUUCGGCAACCAUGUCAGCUACUACCAAAGCGACGGCCGGAACGCCUUCCCCCAGACCUUCACCACCCAGCGCCCGCUACACAUCAACAAGGCGGGUAACAGCCAAGGCGACACCGAGUCGCCUUCCCACGAGAAACUGGUGGACUCCACUUUCACCCCCAGCAGCUACUCGUCCACUGGCUCCAACGCCAACAUCAACAAUGCCAACAACACUGCCCUGGGCCGCUUCCCCCGUCCCACCGGCUACCCCAGUACAGUCAGCACCGUGGAGGGCCAUGGGCCCCCCUUGUCUCCUGCCAUCCGGGUGCAGGAGUCAGCCUGGAAGCUCAGCUCCAAGAGGUGCCACUCCCGGGAGAGCCAGAUAGCCAUGGUGUGUCAGGAGGAGGUCUCUCAGGACGAGACCUAUGAGGUGAAGAUAAAUGAAGACGCAGAGUACUGCAGUGAGCCCAGCCUGAUCUCCACAGAGAUGCUCUCCUAUCAAGAUGAUGAAAACCGACAAUUGACGCCCCCAGAGGACAAGAGGGACAUCCGGCAAUCUCCAAAGAGGGGUUUCCUCCGCUCUGCCUCACUAGGUCGAAGGGCCUCCUUCCACCUAGAAUGUCUGAAGCGACAGAAGAACCAAGGGGGAGACAUCUCUCAGAAGACAGUGCUGCCCUUGCAUCUGGUUCAUCAUCAGGUAGCCCAUACCUUCAGACAGGCUAUUGGCCACCAUUUAGCAGGCUGGACAAUCCCAUGGUUAUAGGCAAAUCCCCGAGAUACCAGCCUUCACUAUCUCAGACCACUGCUGCAUCCUACCCCUGGCCCUAAGAGCCCUCCAGUAGGGCUGCCCACUUCUCCGAUUCAGGUGAGAGCCCUGACACAUCUAUAACUUCGCAGGGUAGAAACUUAGGAGAUACGGUAAGCAGCACCUCCUCACAUGAUCCUAGGGUCAGCAGCUUUGGGAUUCUGCCCGAGCUUUCUUCUCAUGGCGCCCCAGAUGUUGCCUCUGCAGAGACUGGCUUACACUCCAGGGUACUCAGGCAGAUGUGGUCAUACCUAGAGUUAGAAGAUACCUGGAAGUUGAGCUGCACA